AUGCGGAUGAGUUGUAAUGGCUGUAGAGUCCUCCGGAAGGGUUGCAGCGAAGACUGCAGCAUAAGGCCGUGUUUGGAAUGGAUCAAAACUCCCGAGUCACAGGCCAACGCCACCGUCUUCCUCGCCAAGUUCUACGGCCGCGCCGGACUCAUGAACCUCAUCAACGCCGGUCCACAUCAUCUCCGCCCUGCUAUCUUCAAGUCUCUACUGUACGAGGCGUGCGGGCGGAUCGUGAACCCGAUAUUCGGGUCGGUCGGGUUGAUUUGGUCCGGGAACUGGCAGCUGUGCCAGGACGCCGUCGAGGCGGUUCUGAAAGGGGACCCGAUAACCCGAAUGGCCGCCGACUCUGCCGAACCCAAAAGCGGGGCGCCUCUCAAGGCCGGCGAUAUAAGGCAUAUAUUCAAGGAGGGUGGCCAAUCCGGGUCUAACGAUCUGCGCCGGGUCAGGACCCGUUGCAGGUUCAAACGUGCGGCUUCCAAGUCGAAACGGAGUCGUGUAUGGGUUGACCCGGUCGACAGCGGGAACGAGGAGGAAUUGAACCGGUCUCCGAGUCACGAGUCGUCUUUGAGCGAGCAGUCCGAGACGGUCGCGGAACGGACGAGCCAGCAGGGGGAGACUCGCGGUUCGCUUGAGACUUUCGAGCCGGAAUCGGUGGUUGCUGGGCCGAAUUCGAACUCACACGGUGAGAUUGAGCUGGAUCUAACGCUGGGUCCGGAGCCUAUAAAACGCGGCGUGAAGCCGAAGCCCAUUAAAGCGGCUGAUUCGGCUGAUGGAUUUGGGAAAAUGGAGUUAGGGCUCGACUGUUCAGUUCCAUGA